AUGUCAUCAUCCAACAAGAUUUCGCCACAAGAAGCGAAUGAGAAGCUAGCCGAGAGCACACUAGAAGGCAAAUGGCAAACCGUCGAAGAGAUCUACAACUCAUACCCGGAGUCGCAUACCGUGGCGAUAAGCGACUCCGGGGAGACGGCGCUGCACGUGGCCAUCGAACUCAACGAAGAGAAAGUGGUUAAGAAGCUGAUGGAAGCAAUCACCAAGCAUGAAGGAGGAAGGAAGAAGGCUCUUGAGGUGAGGAACCAGCAUGGGGACACGCCGUUACACGUGGCGGCUUCUAGAGGGUUCGUGAAACUGUGCAUGUGCAUCGUAGGGGAGGAGAAUAGGCUGUAUUUGAUAAGUUUGAAGAACAAGAAAGGGGAGACACCUUUGUUUCUUGCUGCUCUCAAUUGGAACAAACAUGCUUUUGCGUACCUUUAUGAUGCCACAAAACAUUCUGUUAUUUUGAAUGAUCUUAUACGCCAAGAUGGUGAUAGUAUUCUUCAUUGUGCUAUUCGUAGGGAAUAUUUUGAUUUGGCAGUGAUAAUAGUGCAUUGUUAUGAUUUCCUCAUCACACACACCAACAAAAAUGGAAUCACUCCUCUCGAAGCCCUUGCCACCAGGCCCUCUGCAUUCAGAAGCGCAAGCAAACUUUCAUUGUGGAAGCUAACUCUUUAUCACUGUAUACUUGUCGAACCACUAGAUGUUGAAACUACAAUGGAUAAGAUUUUGAGAAAGAUGAAGAAGCCUCCAUCUGAAAAGUUGGAGUUCCCUGAGAAUUAUGCAACACUAUGUCAAGCAUUGUUGAACUUAAAAUCUCUACUUGUGGGAAGCUGGAAAGAAGAACAGGAAAAAGAAAAGCAUGACGCAGAAAAUCCACAAAAGAAAAAUUCAGAAAAACAUGAGGUUGGAUUUCUGCCACCAAAUUAUUCUACCCUUCAACAAUUCAUCAGGUCAAUGUAUGUGCACACUCUUGGCCUCUCGGGAGUGGCGUUGAAGGAUGUAAAAAAGAUAAAGAAGAAGCACCAGUGGAGUCGUCAACUGCUGGACAAACUGAUGGAAAAGCCAUAUGAAGCAUUCACCGGAAGGGGUGGUCAACCUGAUCUUAUUAGUGGUUGGGAGUUUGACACUGGCGUCUUUGAAGCUUUUCAUCAAUUUAAUCAAGGUGAAAGCAGCAGUAGAUUCGAAAAUGUUGAAAAAGAAAAAGAAGAAAAAAUCCAAACACCAAUGCUGUUGUCAUCGCCGAUAACAGAUAGCAGAAAGUCAACUCCUAAUCAAAAUAAGGAGGCAAAGGAUGGCAUUGACCCGAAAGAGACAGCAUUUCUAGUGGCGGCGAAAAACGGCAUAGUUGAAAUGGUUAUCAAGAUUCUAUCGAAAAUACCAAGUGCAAUCCACAACACUAACACAAAGAAGGAAAAUGUUUUGCUGGUGGCAGUGAUGAACAGGCAACCCUUUGUCGUUGAGACACUGAGAAUGAAAUCAAAACCAGAAGUUUGGAACAACUUGGUUCUGGCUGCAGAUGAUGAUGAGAACACCAUGUUGCAUUUGGCAGCUUAUGCCCUCGGUGAUGAGAAGCCAUGGCAGAUACCUGGCUCUGCUCUGCAAAUGAUGUGGGAUAUCAAGUGGUUUGAGUAUAUCAAGAGCAUUGUGCCGCAACACUUCAAUUACAGAACCAACAAGAAUUCAAAAACAGCAGGAGAAAUCUUUAAGACAGAGCACAAGGAUCUCGUCAAAGAAGGUAGCGAGUGGCUAAGGGAAACAUCCGAAUCCUGCUCUGUUGUAGCAGGGCUAGUAGCCGGUGUUUCCUUUGCCACAGCAAGCGCUGUCCCCGGAGGGACAAACGACGAAGGUAAGCCUUUGUUAGAAAGACAACCGGCAUUCGAGGCAUUCGCAGUUUCCUCUCUUAUUGGACUUUGUUUCUCCGUCACCGGACUGAUAAUGUUCCUGGCCAUCCUGACUUCUCGAAAAGAAGCAAGGGAUUUUCGCAGAGGAUUGCCGACGAAACUGCUUCUAGGGUUGAGUUCUCUCUUUGUGUCCAUCAUAGCGAUGUUUGUUUCCUUUUGUUGCGGGCAUUUCUUCAUUAUCAAUCACAAGUACAAGACGUUCUUGUUUCCUUUCUAUGCCGCCACUUCCAUACCCGUGGCUUUCUAUGCCUUGGCGCAGUUUCCACUCUACUUUGAUCUUCUAACUGCUAUUUUGAGUAAGGUGCCACGUGCAAGUGACAAAGUUGAAAGUUUUUAGCUCCUUUCUAUUAGAUAUGUAGGUGAUAUGUAGGUGGAAACUCAACUGCAGUCGACUUGACGUGAAGUUGAUAGUUGAGAGUUGUUAGAUGAUUUGACUAAAUUUUCAUCUAACGGUUCUCAUCUAUCAACUUCACGUAAAGUCGACUGCACCUGAGAUUGCACUGUAUAUAUGUAUCCUUAAUCAUAUUUUGAUUUGCUGAUUUUUUUUUUCUUU